CAUACUGCCAUGUAUGAAGAAGAAAGUAAAGAUGUAAUACACCAAGAUUUUAAAAGUGAAUCAAGUGAAAAUGAAACAAUCUUUGGUGGUGUUAUUUUUCUGUGUUAUUGCACAAACAAUUAAUUCUAAUAAGGCUGAUUAUGAAUAUGAUGAUAAUGCUGUCCAUGAGAUUAAGAGUGAUCAGGGUAUGCGCCUAGUGGGGGCUUCAAGAGCACAGACCUCUAACUAUCCAUUCCUAGUCGGGUAUUCUACUUUACCCAAGAACAAGAAGGAUUUUACAUCGUGUACAGGAUCUCUGAUAGCAAAGGAUUGGGUGGUAAGUGCAGCACACUGUAUACUUGCUCUAGUAGAUACUAAGAACUUGACUAAAUGUGUGGAGCAAACUGCUAAUGGAACAGUUCAUGUUAACAGGAAAGGUCAUGAAAUGAAGUGUGAACAAUUUAAUAAUGGGGACUAUAAGAUAUUUCCUGUGAAGCAACCCCUUGCCUACCUUGGCGUUGAUGAUGUGAAUAAGAAGGUAGACCUUGAGAAGGGAGAGAAAAUUCCCAUUGAAUAUUUCAUUCGUCACAAGAACAGCUAUAGGGGAGGAGGAACAUAUGGAGAAUUUGGAGGGAUUGAUAUCACACUUGUUCGAUUAUCAAAACCAUCCCAAAAGGAAGUUGCUUGUCUUCCUUCAGAAGAUUUCAAGGAUUCUGGUAUAGGGCCUGGGUUUAAUAAUUCUGAAAAUGUAGUGCUAGCUGGAUUUGGAAAAUACUACAGGGAACCAUGUAAAACAGAUGAUCUAGGACCAGCAAAUGAUCUCUACUGUGCUGAAGUGCCCUGUAAAAAGGAGGAGAAACCUCCUCAGGAACCUGAAUGUUCUAAAUUUUUCACCAAAAACCCUGACAAGCUAUUAGAUUUUGAUAAUAAGAAUUUGACCAAGAUAACCUUGAUUAGUUUAAAUAAAAAUGAAACCUUCUGCUACAGAAACAAGUCCAUUUCAGAAGGCUCCAAGGGAUGGUGUCCUGUUAUAGAUGAUGCCUCAACAAUGGGAGAACUUACUACCACAGAUACUUGGGGAUUCUGCAGUAAGGAUUGUUUUCUCAAUGAAACUAAACAAAUUGAACCUGAUGCCAAUGUGCUACGUGAAGUUAGACAUGUGGAUGUUCUCAGUGAUAAACUCUGCAAUGAAUUUUUGGAAAGUUCUUUAUAUGGAAGUGUGGUUAAGAUUCAGCCUGAAAUUCUCUGUAUUGGAUUUCAAAAAUCUCAGGAGGAAAAAACAUACACAAUAUCUGACAAUAAUAAAAUUGAAAAGACUGAUACAGCCAAGAAAUCUUAUGUAACCUCUGCGGGAACUUGCAAUGGUGAUUCUGGUGGACCUGUUUUUGUCAAAGAUGAAAAAUCAGGAAAAUUUAUAGUCUUAGGAGCUGUGAGUGGGGGCAGAGGCGUACUGGGAAAAUGUGGAGGACUAAACAACCCAACACAUUACGCAAGACUGAAGAAGCUGUCUAGUUGGAUAAUGAGUGCAGUUGGAGGUAGUUCUAAAGAUCUCUGUUGGUCAGGGGAACCAGCUAGCAGGGAGAAGCAUGCAAAUGAGUCUACUACUACGUCUCCUGUUUAAACUGCUGUUCUCCAUAACAAAGAGGAAUAAAGAAUUUAUAUAAUAGAAUAAAAUUAUCAAUUUUAAA